GGCAAAAUCAGCCACGUGGUUCUCCCUAGCGUUUGGUUCUCUCUUCUUAUCAAAAUGGUCCCUCGCGGUAGAGGCAGAGGGGCUCUGCAAGGUGCACCUCCUGUGAUCAAGUCCUCCUCCUCUUACUUUUCGUACAACCAGUCGCCAGAAAACCCUCUUAUGGAUCUCAGGAUCACUGAGAUCAUUGAUGUCACUACCUUCUGGGCCCAGGUUGGAACAGCAAAGCAGCUGAGUGAUUUUGACCAGUUUUGCGUCAGCCUGAGUGCUCAGUGUGAGGAUCAAGAGACAUCCUCUCACGACACGCCAAUCAUUGUCGGCCAUAUUGUCCCUGUCAAGGAUGCAGCUGUUCCUGGAGUAUGGCAUCGUGCACGUGUCACUAGGAUUCUACCAAGUCGGACUGUUGAGGUGCAUUUCGUUGACACAGGGAAAAGUGGGCGUGUGUCCAUAUGUGACCUUUGCACCCAUGUGCCCAAGCUUACUCUACAGAUACCCAGUCAAGCUCUGCAGUGCAACUUGGAUGGAGUGACCAUGGUUCAAGGUAAUGAUGUCAUUAGAGAGGCGGCCAUAGCACGUUUGUCAGAAAUUGUCUCCCGCCCGCUCAAGACCAUUAUUCACAGUAUUUGUGAUGAUGUCUUCUUCUUGUCAGCCUACACUCGACAGAAAGGUUACUGGACUAGCGUAGGUGAGAUUCUGAGGCUGGAGGGCCUAGCCAAGUAUACUCCUCCUGGUUCACUAACAGUAGAUCACCUGAUCAGCCCAUCCUUGCUCCCACGUGAAACCACACCCCCUAAUGAUUAUGAGUCCGACUCCUCCACUCUAAUUGACAUUGAAGUAUCUCACUCCCUCAAGUGGUCCGAUACCAAAACCAAAACUCAGCCCAGCUUCAGUGUUUCCGUUCCAGAAGUUGCAGUUUGCAAUGAUUUGGUGUCUUUGUCUGAUGACGAGGCAGCUGUGUCAGACUCAAUAUGGCUCACACCACCCUCUGAUGAAAGCGAACUGCAAUCGCUUGAUUUUUCGCUAAUGAUUACAUCUGUGGAAACUCAGCUUAGAGUAUCCCAAUCUUCAGGUCCCUUUACGCCAACUGAGACCCCUCCCAAUGAGGUAGAGUCAAACUCUGACCUCUCUCUGUCGCCACCACUUGAGACAACUGCCAAACCAAAAGCGUUUAGCCUCGCUUCGCCGAAACUUGUCGUCCCUUUUUCAUCUCUCUCUCAGAGGUGUGAUGCUCGCUCAAAUGCUGCCGCUAACAAAGAAAACAAGUCGUUCAUAAAGCUACCAACUACUUCAAGUUCUGUGGGUAGAGAAAGUGAUAUUUUACAGAAUUUAGAAAAUGACGAAUCAGGAAACACAAAAAAAUCUGAUAAUAUCCAAGCAACCACCACAACCGAGACUAACAACACCGCUACCAUUGGCCAAAAUGCUUUAGACAAAAAAGACGUCACCUCUUCUCAGAGACAAGAUACUUCGGCCAUUGAAGAGAGAGACACUGAGGAGGAACAUGAAACUGAUCGUUCUUCCAGCGUAAGCAAAGAAGAUUCUUCUGCAGGCAAACAAUCUUCUAGUGUUACUAAGCGACAAUCCACUCCCUCCAAGAAGGUGUCUCCGGACUCUUCACGAUCACCGACUGAGACUGGCCACAAGGGAAAUGAGGCUGACAGCGAGGAGGAGAGCAGUGAUGAUGAUGAUGAUGAGUGGGACGAGUCUCUACUGCCUCCGAGGUCUGGCGGCUCUCAGCCGGGAAGUAACAAUAGUACUCCUAUGAACACGCCAGAAAAGAACCCCCCCGCUGACGAGAAACAUUACCAUGGCAGCAAGAAUCGAGACAAGUUCAGGGCGAGGUUUGAUGCUGUGAUGGGAGGUGGAGAGUCUUACGAACAGAGACAGUGGAAAGGCUAUCGGACAGGAGGCAAAAAGUACAGCAAACGUGGCAACAAUCAGCCUUGGCAACAAAACUAUAUCCCCAGACCCAGACCCAAUAACUGGCGUGCUUUCUCCAACGGGCAAAACGGGUCCUUUGGGCAAAACCGAGCUCUUGGUAGAGGGGCGAGGAUUAGAGAGGAUAUUGGCGGCAACUGGUCACACCCAUCUUAUCAGGAUGAAAGGCACCAACAUUACAGAGAUGAUUUUCCAAGAGGCAGUCAGUAUGACAACUCAAGCCCUCGGUUUGCUACCCCCAGAAGUGAGGGGAGUAAUUUUGAGCAUUUGACUCAGCCUGAUAAGAGACUGGAACCCCCAUCGUCCUUUGCACCUGGCCCUGUGGAGAGGGGGAGUGGUGAGAGUACCACUACCCGGUCUGUGACUCCUAAACCCGAGACGAGGGGUCCAGGUAUUAGUCUGGAAGUAGCUGCUCAAAGAGCACAACUGUCGGCGGAAGCUAAAACGAAAGAGUGCAACUGGCACGCCUGGAAGAUAGAGAACGCUGUGCAGAAGAUUAUAAGCAACCUCACUGAAGACACUGUUAAGGAAUUUGAGCAGCAACUCCAGGACAUACUUGACGGCACCAGUGCCAAAACAUUGACAGAUCUGCAGUACGAGAAGAAACCUUUGACAGUGGUGUUCAACUCUGUCCUCUCCCAGGUUACCAUGGAGAAAGCAGACCUUAUCACAGAGGCCAUCUCUAUAGCUGCCACUAAUUUUCAGGGACCACCUGCAUACAAAAUUCUACAAGAUGCUGUGUAUACGGCUGCUGAGGAAGUUAGUAUGGGCUCUGCUGACACCUUCGCUGCAAAGAAAAGGGGAAACUUUUGCUCGUUUGCUCAGAAACUGUUCAUCUCUGCCAGCUAUUCAGGGAAUGAAGAGUACAGCAGAUGCAUUGGGCUCAGUUUAAAACGUUGUCUCAAAUCAUGGAUCAACUGCUCAACUCAGGUACCUAAAGUGGAGCAGCUGGCUUGUGCCGAGUGUUUCGUAGCUCUUUGUGACAACAUUGGGCCCACUCUCGAUGCUUUCAGCAAAGAGUCUUUGGAUGAGUACUUCAAUGGCCCAGUGAGGGAGAGCAUUCUUUGUAAUGACAGUCCAAGGGAAGUGAAAGAAAAGCUGCUUGACCUCUCAUUUAGGAGGGUGGGAAAUUGGGGCGGUGCCAAGCCACAGAAACCGUCAGAAGAGGUUGCCUCACCUACGAGCCAAAGCUCAAGUGAACCCCCAUUCACAAACUGCUCCCAACCUACACAAGCUACCUCUCCGGUACCACCGGCUCUACAGCCACCUAGUAACAUGGUACAGAAGGUCACUCCACUUUCACCCGACAUCUUGCAACAACAAUCCAGCCACCAGCACGCUUCAAGCCCGCCCUUUCCCAGUGCGUUUCCACAGCAAAUGUUUCCAACACCUCCAAAUGUACAAUCCCUGUCCUCACAACAACCAGGGCCUCUUUCACCGCCAGCUGUUCUGCAGAGUCCUUUCGACAGCAACCAGCAAUUUUCUCGAUCCAUGCUUGGCUACCCCUCGCCAGUUGGUUUGGAGCGACGAGGCGUGUUCUCUUCCCAGCAUUUUGCCAGAAAUCAAGAACUGUUCUCACCGCACUACUACGUUAACUCGCAGCAGAGCAGUGCUACGCCUUCGUUGCCACAGCCACCACAACAGCAACCUGAUAUUUGUGAGCCUGAGGAUGGUGAUCCGUACAGACAUACCCUGGAGAUGUUAGAAACUCUUGGCUUCCCUGAGCUACUGCCUAACUUCAAACAGCACAUGUUGAGGGAUUUCGUGUUUGAUCUGGAUAAAGACAUGACUCUUAUCAAAGAAUGCCUCACGAGUGCACAGCUGCCUCUAGGAGCUGUGGUGGGAAUCAUGUCCUUCCUAGAAAAUAAACGGAAAAUGAAGCAGAGGAAACCACCCACCCUGAGGCCUAACAACCACAUCCCAAACUCUCCCCUCCAAUCUCCUUACCAGUUUGAUGUACGUCCAUCCCCUCAGGCAAUGCUGCCACAACUGAUGCCUCCAACACCUCACCUUCAGGCUUAUUGUCUACCGCCAGUACAACCCUUCAUGCAGGCUGGAAUGAACUAUGCUGCUCCCAACCCUGUUACCCCCACAAGCACUGUCAUCGUCACUCAGGCCAGUGUUCCUCAGACGCUGCCCAUUACACUGCCUGCGGCUGAAGUGUCAGCUGCCCAUUUGCCCUCUCCAGAUGGGGCUGCGACAACAGCUGAAGCUGACUCAAGUGGUGGCUUGACGGUUCGUCGACCCUCUUCCCACCGAAACUGGCACAAGCCAGAACCAGAGCCACCCAAAGAUGGCGUCCAUAGCAACAGCAAGCCACAAGUGGGAGGAGGAUUCGGUAAAUUCAGCUGCGUCCUUUGCCACAGUAACGAACACUCAACCAUGACCUGCGAUCAUCGAGAUCGCUUCUUUGUCCACAUGUAACUCAAUUAGUUGAGACUGUUGAACAUAAAUUUUUUUGAUGAUGCUUCGCUUUUGUGUUACGAUUCCAUUUGCCUUGAAUAUUUAUUGGCCAGGCAAUUUCAUAUAUUGAUCACUUAUUUACUCUC